UAUUACUCUUUUAUACAUGUAAUCACUAACAUUAUCAGUACUGUAGACUAUAACAAGCAGUUAAUAACUUGUAUAGUAUUAUUUAGCGCAGCUGUGUUUAUUUUGUGACUUAUCCUUAGAUAUUGAUGUCAUGAUGAAGGCGACGAUGCGUCACUAGACGGCAGCGGGGCGCGGCGACGGCCCACGCACUCUCGACGCAAUCUCCAUUAUAAACACCAACACAACACUUUUACUGCUUAAGUGUCAACAGGACGUGUUUGGCACACUUAAACUAUAGCAUCUUAAGCAGUGUCGGAACCAUAGAACUUUUGGAUGCAGAGCAGAGCAAUUGGUUUAGACAAUCGAAGAGCACCUUCACACAUGUUGCUAUAUUUUGUUAGUGAUUUACUUAAUAGUUAAGAAACCUUCAACAUAUACAUUAUAUUAAGUAGGGGACAAACGAACAUGCGGCUCACGUGAUGAUUUUGUACAAUAUGCCAGGAUCUCCGUUGCUUUCAAUGAACACUUAUUUGACAAAGCAAGCGAAGUCGUUGGACGAAGAUGACAUGCCAAAAAUAUUUAAUGUUUCGGAACAAAAGAACCGAAGCCACGAAUGGCAGAUAGUGUGGAGAAACGUAUUAGCCUUUGUGUACAUGCACAUUGCCGCCUUGUACGGUUUAUACUUAAUCUUCACAGGCAAAGCUAGAUUAUGGACAUAUGUAUUUGGUAUAAUUUUCGCUAUAGGCUCAGCACUGGGCGUGACGGCGGGUGCCCACCGUCUCUGGGCUCACCGAGCGUAUAAAGCACGAUGGCCGUUGCGGUUAUUUCUUGCAAUUAUGCAGACAAUGGCUUUCCAAAACCACAUCUACGAAUGGGUCCGCGAUCACAGGGUACAUCAUAAGUUCUCAGAAACCGAUGCGGACCCGCACAAUGCUCGUCGAGGGUUUUUCUUCUCCCACAUGGGCUGGCUGAUGGUUCGCAAGCAUAAAGAUGUCUUAGAAAAAGGUGCCUUAGUUGACAUGUCCGAUUUGGAGAAAGAUCCAAUUGUGAUGUUUCAAAAAAAAACAUAUCUUGUAGGAAUGCCUCUCCUAUGUUUUGUCAUCCCCGCUAUGAUACCAGUAUACUGGUGGGGAGAGGAUCCUUGGAUCUCCUGGUACGUCGCAUCCAUCACGAGGUAUACGGUGUCGCUUCACUUCACUUGGCUGGUCAACUCCGCAGCUCAUAUCUGGGGCAACAAACCUUAUGAUAAGAAUAUUGGCGCUACUGACCACAAGUUGGUAGCUACUUUGGCAUUAGGCGAAGCUUGGCAUAAUUAUCACCACGUUUUCCCAUGGGACUACAAAGCGGCUGAACUUGGCAAUUAUAGUACAAACUUGUCUACUGGACUGAUUGACCUUGCUGCUAAAUGGGGUUUGGCUUAUGACUUGAAGACAGUAUCGAAUGAAAUGAUAAUCAAAAGAGCAUCGAGGACUGGUGACGGUACGCAUCCAUCAUCUAAAGCUUCAAACACUCUUAACAAUGAUCAUCAUUAUCACCCAGAAAAUCCAGUUUGGGGAUGGGAUGACCAAGAUAUGUCUGAGGAAGAUCGAAAACUUGCUGAAAUUGCGCAUAGAAAGUCAGAUUAAAUGCUUCCAUCUAAUAAGUGGUAAUUAAGCUAUUUGUAGUCUAGUUUAAAUGCGAUUAAUGCAAGGAUUAAAAUUUGCGGCGGUCGGGUAAUUACAGUACACUCUUAACUUAUCUGCUAGGUUUUAUACCAAAUACAAGCCAGUUUACUUACGUUCAGAUUCUAGUAUUUCGAUUAUUCUAUUGUAUAUUAAUAUAUACAUGUUAUAUUGUAUAUUAUAGUCUUUUGUUGUUAUAAUAUUUUAUUACUUUAAUAAGCAAGAUAGAAUUCUAUUUUUUUUUAUAUAAAUGACUACUAUUUCUUUGAGAAACAUAAAUGUUAUAGGUGUUAUAUUAUAUUGUUCCUUUGUUAUUUUUUUUUAUCAAUGAACGUGAUGAAAUUGGUUGUUCAGAAAUAGUCAGGGUUUGUUUUAGUAAGAUUUUCGUCUGAAAUGGUAGAAUAAUUAUUUUAGUCAUUAUUAUUAAUGGUUAUAUCGUUUUGGUCUGUAAUCUGAAUCGAAAGCUUUUUAUUUGUAUUUGAUUUGACACCUAGUUCAGAAUGGAAUUUAAAUAGUCUGCAUGUCUGUAUUAUUGGUGGCAGAACUGGACUAUGGACUGAACAUACACAAAUUCUGUAUUCAUAAUUUGGCUUAUUAGAAAUUUUGCAUCUGUUUCUUGACCAUUUAAAGCUUGUUACCGUGACUGUGCAUAUCAGUUUACUUUUAAAUAAUUUAAUAGAGACUAGAAAAUACCAAUCAUUUGUGGAAGAAUACAAACAUUUUCUGUAUUUAGUAAUUUUAUAUAUUUUUAUUUUGGUUUCUAUGACACAAAUUAUCUACUGCUGGACAUUAGUAUCUAGUAAUUUAGAAAUAAUUAGAUAUAUAUAUUUAGUAUUUUAAAUGUGAUAUUGUUGUAUUGGAUUUUAGAUUAAAAAUAAAUACUUUCUACAAUAUUUCUUUGAUAUAAUUAUAGGAUCAUUAGAAGAUUUUCGGUGACUGCUAGUUGAUAACCUAUAUUGAUAUAUUUUAUUAAGGGCCUAUUACGAGUAAGAUUAUUGAAAUGCCUAAAUCUCUAAUGGAUUGAGAUUAUAAUUCUAUAAAGUUGUUUGGAAAAUAAUGAAAAAUUUUAUCAAAAAGGAAACUAUAUUGUUUGAUGGGUAUUUCAUUUUUCAAUUUUUAUAACCAAAAAUGUAGUAGGCUCUUAGUGAAUAUUUAAAUGUAAUGCAAGAUCCUAAUCCUAAAUUAUCUAAACCAUUUAUUAAUUAAUAUAUGAAAGAGAUAAUUUAAUAAAUAAAUUAUUUAUUAUA